AUGUAUCUGAAAACGGCCUUCCUGGUCGCAGGCCUGGCUUGGGCACAAGGGGCGUUGGCCUCUUUGGAAAUCGUGCCUGGUGCUACUUGGACUGCGGGUGGCACGAACCAACAUGUGCAAGCUCACGGUGGUGGUAUCAUCGAGGAAAAUGGUGUCUACUACUGGAUCGGCGAGAACAAGCUUGACGGGAGCGCCUUUCAAUCCGUGAAUUGCUAUUCCAGCACCAACCUGGUAGAAUGGGACUUUGUCGGAGAGCUUUUGUCCCGUCAGAGUAGCGGAGAUUUGGGGCCAAACCGCGUCGUCGAGCGCCCCAAGGUCAUCUAUAACGAGGCCUCUCGCAAGUAUGUCAUGUGGAUGCAUAUUGACAGCAGCAGCUAUGGCGAGGCAAAGACUGGCGUUGCUACGUCGUCGAGUGUUUGCGGAAAGUACAAUUACCUUGGGUCAUUCCAGCCUCUGGGCUUUCAGUCACGCGAUAUGAAUCUGUUCAAAGACGAUGAUGGAUCAGCUUACCUCCUGACGGAAGAUCGUCCGAACGGUCUCCGAAUUAACAGACUGACCGAUGACUAUACGGGUGUCGCCUCGAAUGUGUACCUGUGGCCAGACCAUAUUGAGGCACCAGCGAUGUUCAAGAAAGACGGCGUAUAUUUCAUGUUUGGAUCGCAGUUGACAGGAUGGUCAACAAACGAUAACAAAUACAGUACGGCCACAAAACUCAGUGGUCCAUGGAGUUCCUGGAGCGAUUUUGCCCCCAGCGGGACGAACACGUACAACUCUCAGACCUCGUUCAUCCUAAGAGUUGGUCCGAACGUCAUGUACAUGGGUGAUCGGUGGCUGUCCACGAAUCUGAUGGCGUCAACCUACAUCUGGCUACCUCUGACACUGUCGGGAAGGAUUGCGAAGCUCACUAAUGAAGCCAGCUGGACCAUCUCUCGCCAGAGUGCUUGGGCACCAGGCUCGACAACAACAUCUUCAGAAGCCGAGUCAUCCUCGAACUCUCUUGCCAAUGGUGCCAGAAUACUCUCUUGCAGUAAUUGCUCGGGUGGCAAGUCAGUCGGUUACCUUGGCGGGAGCAGCAACGGCGGCAUCAAAUUCAGCAGCAUCUCCACCAGCUCAAGCGGCAUGACCACGGUUCAAAUUCGCUAUGAGAAUGGUGAUAGCACACAGCGAUACGCCACGGUCACGGUAAAUGGUCAAUCACACAUUCUGGCAUUCAUUCCAUCGCGAAAUGGAAACACGCCAUCCUCGUCAAGCUUGAAUGUGAACUUGAACUCGGGGAAUUCGAACGUGAUCAGUAUUAGCGGAUACCAGGGCGGAUGGGCACCGGAUAUUGAUCGUCUGUUAGUGCCACAGCACUAG